AUCGCCCCUUUAAUCAUAAAACGAAACAACUCAAAAUUUACGAUUUUCGACUUUUUAUCAUAAAGUGAAUUAACUUCACAUGGAGAAUACGGUAAGUCUAACAGCCAACUCAAUAUGAUGACAAUGACGGAGAUAGAAGACAGUCGUUCUCUUUUUGAUUAAUGCACUCGAACAAGUUGGUACCGGUAAAGUGAUCCCUUCAGUGAUGCACCGACUUUGCUCAAGGUAAGAUCUCGGAAGAAAUUUAAAAAAGCGGAGUAAAACGAAAAGAAUCAGUGUUUUGCUAUCAGAAUGAAGUCUUCAAGGGCACGAAGAAUUUUGGGUUUACUGGCGGAAAAUUCAACACCGGAUUGUGAAAAUACUAUAACUUCACCGGACUAUGAGUUAGAAUAUGAGAAACCCAAUAAUAGCAAUAUGAAUUCCAACAACGAGGUACAAAAUGAACAUAAUAUCCCUACUGAAACGGAGGAUAAAACAAUAGCGGAAUCAAUAGAACACUUUGAAAAAACAAAUGAAGUAGCUAUACCAAAAACUCAUUUUCAACACCUAGUACCUUAUUCUGAUAGUGACAUUAGCUUGUCUGACCAUGAAGAUACACGAUACACAACUACUGAAGCAGAAAACAAAAAUGAAGAAAAUACUGUUCGUCAAUCUUCAUCAACUUCAAGUUCGUCCUCGAGCUCAUCGUCAUCAAGUUCAGACUCGGAUAGUUCGCACUCAACCAACACUCGGUCACUCGCAAGAACUGCUAGACACCACGUAACUGUUAAUGAAACAGACGACAGUGAAGUUAUUGAAAAUACUCCUCCGCAGCAUUUUGAGAAUAGAAGGAAUGAAAAAAAUCGUCAUCCCAGGGAGAACUCAACCAGUUAUUACUCAUCUCCAAUUUAUACCGACGAAAGUGAUAUAGACCUCAGUGAUACAGAUCCGACCUUUACAAUCAUGGAAAACAGAAGAAAAAGGAACUAUAUUUUUUACGACUCAAGCUCUUCUUCUACUAGUUCAUCUAAUUCACGUAUUACUCCAAAAAAGGGACGCAAACGUUCAAAAAAACCAUCUCAAUGGAAACAAAAUAAAAUGAAACGUUUACGUAAUAAGGGCAAAACGUAUAUUUCUAUGUCCAAAACUCGGAAGAAUGUUCCAGCCCGAUGUCUCAAAGAACCUUGCUCAGAAAAAUGCAGGCUUAAAUGCACCACAAAAAUAAACAGAGACAGCAGAUACGAAUUAUUUCGGAAGUUUUGGGAUUUGGGGGAUUUGGCGAAACAAAGAGCAUUCAUAAGUGCAAGCAUGAUUGAUGUCCAGCCAAAAUACAAGUACACGAACUCUGAACGACCCAGAAAUAAUAACAAAGCCUUCCACUUUACAGUCGACAACACUAUGAUUAGGGUCUGCAAAACUUUUUAUAAAGCCACGUUAGACAUCUCAAACCGUAUGAUAUUGACGACACAGAAUAAAAUAAAGGAUAAUGAUUUUUCACUCAAUGAUUUUAGAGGAAGACAUCAAAAUCAUAAAAAAAUUGAUCCCGAAUUACGAGCUGCGAUCAUACAACACAUAAAUUCUAUCCCUAAAAUUGAAUCUCACUACGUACGAGCUUCAUCUACAAAGGAAUACAUAGAAGGCAGCAAAACUAUAAAAGAUUUAUACAACGAUUUUAAAGAAAACCAAGAAAAGAAUAAUAAAGAUGCAGGUACAUACAUAACAUAUUAUAAAAUAUUUACAUCUGAAUUUAAUCUCUCUUUUUUCCAACCUAAGAAGGAUCAAUGUGAUCUUUGCAACUCAUACUAUAAUUCUAAUGCUGAUCAAAAGAAAGACAUAGAAGAAAAAUAUAACACUCAUUUGGAAGAGAAGAAUUGUAGUAGGCUCGAGAAGAUGAAUGAUCGCAUGAAAGUCAAUAAAAACUUCAGAGUAGCUGUAUAUGAUUUAGAGGCAGUAUUGCAGUGCCCAAAAGGUGAUACUUCCUCUUUUUAUUAUAAGUCUAAACUUAAUUGUUAUAAUUUAACAGUGACGGAGCUUACUGGAAGCGACUGUAAUGAUGCAUAUAAAAAUGUGCAUUGUUAUUUUUGGUCGGAGAGUGACGCAAAACGUGGCGCCAUUGAGAUCGGCUCAUGUAUAUGGGCAUAUUUGAAAGCAUUAAGCGAUGAAGACGAUGAUGAAAAGGAAGUUAUAUUUUAUUCCGACAACUGCUGCGGGCAGAACAAAAAUAAAUACAUUACUUCACUGUAUUUAUAUGCAGUUCAAACAUUAAACAUAAAAACUAUAAAACAUAAAUUUCUAAUACGGGGUCAUACACAAAACGAGGCUGAUAGCGUCCAUAGCCUCAUCGAGAGGGAGGUGAAGAAGAAUUUAAAAUCUGGUCCUAUUUAUACACCCGAACAGUACAUACCUCUUAUAAAGAAUGCAAAAAAAUCGAAACCUCCAUUGAUGGUGCAUGAAAUGAAUUAUGAAUCAUUUUAUGAUUUUAAAAUUUUACAGGAAGAAUGGGGUUAUAAUUUUACAACAAAUAGUGAUGGACAGAAUGUCAACUGGAACGAAAUAAAAAUUUUAAAAAUUUGCAAACAAAACCCUACCGUAUUUUCUAUAAAACGUCUUAUAAGCAAGUAAACUACCAGGAAGUUGAUGUUAGAAAUAAAAGAAAAAAAAUGAAAGCACUAACAGAAAUAUCACUACAGCAAGCCUAUUCCAAGAAACUGGAGGUUAGUGCGAAUAAAAAAAAAGAUUUAAAAGAGCUUAUCACAAAAGCUCUGAUCCCUUCUUUUUAUGCAGGAUUUUAUAAUUCGAUAUUUUAAGUUAAUAAUUUAUAAGGUGUUUUGAUUAAGAUUUGAUCUCAAUUUUAGUUGAUUUUUGCUGAUAAUAAAAACAAAAGAGUCUGAAUAUUGAUACAGUCAGAAUUGAAGUCUGAUUAUUAA